AUGGCUACUUCAAUCAGCCUACUCUAGGGUUAACAAGCAGCCCAACAUUUGAAGUCUUUUAGCAUUAAUAAGGAAUUUGCAUCAUUUAAGAACUCAAGAGCAAAUCUUUACUCGGAGGACAAGACGCAUAAUAAGUCUCAUGACUUUAACUAUCAUAGUAAUUUCAAUGAUUAUGCAGCAUCAGUGUAUAACAGAGAAAAUAAGAAUUCCUCUGCUGCUUAGGAAGCUGUUAUCAAUCAUAAUGAAAGCUUAAAGAAUUAUAUUAGCAGAAUGUACAAUCCAGGAGCUAAUGCAAUAUAAACAUACCAAGCUGAGAGUAACAAAGCAGCAAGUAAUAAUCUAAAUUAAUCGAAUUAAAAAAGCAAUAGCUAAUCUAGAUACCAAACGAAUUAGAAGAUAAGAAAAUUGGUUUAGAUGAAAGAAUAUGUUGGUGAAAUUUAGCAGAACAGUCCUAAGUCACAGCAAUUUAAUGGUAAAAUCUUCCAAAUUAUCGAAUUUGACUCUAUUUUAAACAAUGGCUACAAAUAUAACAGGCCAUCAACGAAUCAAGUUACUAGUUUUAAUUCUAACACUAACUCUAUUAACAAAAGAAUGCUAAAGACGGGCUUUUCAUAAGAUAGAGGAUCAACAGCUUAUAACAUGCAGAAUUUGCUAUUUAGUGGAUAGAGCCAGACAAACAGACAAGCAAAGAGAACUGCACCUUUCGGUACAAGUGACAAUAAGAAUAGGUUUAACAAUAGCCUAAAUAACAAGAUAUAAAGUUAGCAAACUUUAGAAUAUGCUGAUAACUAAAGUACAGUUUUUAAUAGUCCUAUGAAAUCUCAAUAAACAAUUAGGCAAGUAGAACUGAAAUCCUCAGAUAUGAUUCUUGAUUUGAAUAUACAAGAAAUUAAGGAUAAUUUAGAGAAAAUCCCAGGAGAGAAAGACAAUAAGAUUGCAUCAGACGCUGAGUUUGAUUUGGUAGAUUCUUCAUUCAUUGAAAUUCAACAAAAGUACAGAAGAUUGGUGAGCUACAUAAGCAAUUAAACUGGCUUUAUAAAUGGAUUAGCUUUAGAUGUUUUAUGGAAGACUUAAUUUUUGAAGUUUGAGUAAAUGCUCUAAAAGUAAGAGGAAAAGCAUCAAGCAAAAUUAGAUGAACUAUCAAGUAAAAUUCUCUUGAAUGAUAUGGAGAAGGGCUCAUAUAUGGGAUUGAUUGAUAAAUAAAGGAAAGAGAUACAACUUGGAUUCGAAGAUUAAAUAAAAACAAUGGCAUUAACAAUCAGAGAUUUAAGAGAGUAAAAGUACUUUUUAGAAGGGAACUUAGAGGAAAUUAGGACAGAGAUGGAAUAGUUGACUAAAUUUGAAAAGAGAAAAAAUGCAUUGAGUGAGGUUGAAGAAACCUAUGAAAAUAUUGCUGGAUUUCUAGGAAAGGUACAGAAUGAAUAAAAAAGAACAGUACUUGCUCUGAGGAAAUUGGAAGUUCUAAUGGGGGCUGAAAGAGGAACACUUACCAAGAAGAGUGCUGACAUUCAAACAGAAAAAUCUUACUUGAGGGGAAUUAAAAUUGGCAAUAGAAAUAUAAACAAAACAUCUCCUAAUACUUUAGCGAUGCUUGUCAAUUUGAAUAAUGAAAAAGGAGAUGUAAAAGUCAUGUCUGAGUAAGAUGCAGAUAAACUUUGUGAAGAGCUAUUUAGUCUAUUCCAUGACCUUGAAAAUGACUAGGUUACAUUUGAAGAUUAGAUAGUUAAGUAUAUGAUAAACAAGCAUAAGUCAUUUAAGACAUCCAUUGAUAUCUUAAGCUAAUUCAUGGAGGUCUGGUUUACAAUGUUCUUAAACAGAGAGAAUACUUUCUUAAUCUGGUAAAGAAAGUUCAAGAAGAGUUUAAGAGCUCAAGUCCAGAGAGAAGAACUUAGCCUAGAAGAGGAGCAAAAUACUACAAUAGUCUAAGAUGCAUUGUCAGGAUUUGUUAAGAAUUAUCAUUUUAUGAGCAAGCUUUUAAUAAAGAAUCAAAUACUAGGGUUUAAGCAUUGCGUUGGAACUAAAGAUAUGGAUCAUAUUCUCCAUACAUUAGACGCUGAUGAAAAGGAAAAGAAAGAAAUAAUGGAUAAUCUAGACAACGAAAUGCUUGACCAAAUAAACUUUAGUUUGAUUGCCAUAGCUGCUCUGAAUAAAAAGGCAGAAAUUACUCUUGAAUUUUAAAAUCAUGAUGCUCAUAAGAAUGGCUAUGUCUCAAGUGAUGUGUUUAACAAAACUAUUUAAAAUUUUGGAAUGGCUGGGGAAUUUCAACAGAAGAUACUUAGAGAUUUCUACGAUCCAACUUAAAUUGAUCAAGUUAACUAUAAAAUUUUCCUGGAACAUAUCUCUUCUAAGGACAUUAUGAAUGCUGCCUGUCAAGUCUACCUAAGAGUGGACUUGAUUCCGCUAGCGAUGUUUGAGGCUUACGAGAUGAUGGAAAGUAGAAGAUUUACAAAGCUCAGUGAAAAUUACACUUAGCAUUUCGCAAAGAAAACAAUCGAAAAGGACCGAAAUUUGCAAGACUUAUAAUCUUAAUUGAUUGAUUUCAAUUUUGAUGAUUUCUCUUCAUUCCUUGAUAAGACUAUACCAGACUUGGAUAUUGAUUUCAAAUUCGAGUUGUUCUUGCCAGUUUGUACAACACCUUUCAGUGAGUUUGGAAGUCCAUCUAUUGGAGAUUCAUUCAGAAGCUUUUUGAGUACUGCUGUAGACAUAUUCGAUGUUUCUCAAUACAAUGAUGGCAUCAUGUAUAACAAUAAAUUAAUUGGAGAAAAUGAAAUAGUUAGACCAGUGCAAGAUGCAAAUGGACCAGAAACUUUGAAUUUGUUUGCUCUGAGAAAUGGAUUAGUCGAAGUAAAAGACAAAAAUAAUAAAAGAUCAUUUGCCAAAAAGGGCAAGAAACCUGCUGCAGUUAAAGCUAAGACUAUAAAAGGGAAUCAGUGA